AUGGAGCAUACCUCCAUAGAUGGGCGGCGAAGGAACAAAACGUCAGUACCGGUUCUAUAUCCGUCGCGCAAGUCAGAGACAGAUGCAACACCCUCCCUUCGACCAGCUUCACCUCCCAAGAGUAACCCAUGGGCUCCAGCCAAAAAGCCUCCGAUCAUUUCUGCCACGGGAAUAUUUCCGCCUCUCCCUAAACCUCAAGCACCAUGGUCGCCAGUCAAAACACCUACUGCCGAUAUCUCGAGGGCUUCCUCGCUUUCUCCAGGUAAAAAGAGAUCCGGAGAUGAUACAGCAUCAGGUGCGCUUGCACCUGGAUCAACCUCCCCUUCCUCCAUCACGUCGUCCUCGUCUCGCCAUAUUUUUGAGGCCGCAGCACCACGAGCGACUUCAAAUCUUUGGAAUUGCCCUUUCGGCGCUGAUGUGGUGGUACGGUCAGGGAACUUAAGCUUUCGAGUCCAUCGCAACAUUGUGGUACCCCAGUCAGGCUGGUUCCGUGAUAACCUGCCACCACCAAACACGGAUGGGACACCGGUUACUGUGACUAUAAGUUUCGCUCCUGAAACGCUCGCUCAUUGUUUACGUUUCAUUUACACCGAUAAAGUUGAGAUUUGCGAGAUCGAUAGCCAAAAGCCCUGGAAUGCUGCGCACAUUCCUCGUUGCAUCUUGGCGUAUACCACUGCUGUAUACUUGCGUAUGGCCAGGAUGGCAAGCCAUCUUCUCCGUGUGAUCGAGAGUACUUCCAGCGAACUUGGGGCUCUAAUACGUAGAGAUCAUGUUUCUCAGAAGCUAGACUGCUCCCAAUGGGUCCAAUUUUCGUGGCACUAUCAGGGUGCACUGGAUAUCAUCAUUCGGGGACAGCCUCAGAAGCUGAUGGUGCCCAUGAGGCUAGCUAUGGCAAGCAUCCUUGAUGCUGUGCUCUUCUGGGUGGUAAGACAUCCCCUUUUUGCCAGCGACCUGAAGGCGUCGUGGCAAAGGAUGUUGCAGAAUAGUAUGCAUGAUAUUGCUGAGUACAAGCAGCUGUGCAGAAGUGCCCAUCUAUUCAACAGUCCGUUGCCAGAUGAGUUGGCAUUGUUGGAGCUAUUCGAAGAAACGAAAGCAGAAUGGGAGCCACCAGAACCUUCGAAGUCAGUGGGUACACAAACAGACAAUCCACCUGACCAAGAAUUGAAAGAAGGCCAGACGACUGAUUUCCCUUUCACUCAUCGCCAAAGCUUUCGAUCCUCACUUUCCAUCACCGACUACACACGCGAUAGAACGACUUCCGCAGAACGCAAAAGGUCCAUUCCGUACAAGAGACACAUGCCCCUUAAGAGUCACGCUUUACCCCCCAAGCUUCCGACACUCAUCGAGAUAGCCGGCUGGUCCUGGGAGGAGAAAGAAGGGGUCCAGAAACGCUUCGGAUUAAGCUUUUAUCAGCUUCUAUCGGAAGUAAAGAAAAUCGACAACGCGCGAAAACGCGCGGCACUCCAGCGGGCAGAAAAGUCAGAGAAGAAAGUCGGAGACGACAGUCGGAGUCCUGUCGACUCAGAUAGUGACACUCCCUGCGCAAGCUCCGACUCUGAAUGCGAGGAUCGAGAAAGCAGUGCUGAAUUGUCCAUCGCCAAAGCAUUAAAGGCGUCUUGCUUGGACCAGCCCUUCGGGCGGCGAAUGGCAUUGACGCCAUAAUGGUCCUCUUGUUCCGGCAUGUUGAUUUGGUUGUUGAUUGCCCGAUUUUCGUUGUGAACUUGUUCACUAAUGAUAGAGUCGGAUGCUGAAUUAUGGUGCAGAAUGAGGCUAACAAUCCAAUGCAUUUCGUUCCAGGAGUGUGCUGUAUACGGGAAGGUGAUCCCGGGUAUCAGUCUUGGCUUGAGCUGCGCGACAAGAUACGACAGUACUUUGCAGCUGCUGCAACUUCUCCGGACAGCAAAGGAUCUCAGCAUCCCAUGACCAGCAAGACCAUUGAGAUGGCGCUUGCGGCUGUGCGUGCUUUUUAUGGUGACCGACACGUU